UAAGCGCCAUUUAGCUGUAGUGUGUCUCUGCAUGUAGUGAAAUGGCUGAAGCCAGGUUUUCUCAUGACCAGUUCAGCUGUUCAGUGUGUCCGGAUCUACUGAAAGAUCCAGUGACUAUUCCCUGUGGACACAGUUACUGUAUGAGCUGCAUUACAGACUGCUGGGAUCAAGAGGAUGAGAAGAGAGUCUACAGCUGCCCUCAGUGCAGACAGACCUUCAGACCAAGACCUGCUUUAAAGAAAAGCACCAUGCUGGCUGAAGUGGUGGAGCAACUGAAGAAGACUGAACUUCAAACUGGUGUUCUUGCUGGACCUGGAGAUGUGGAGUGUGACGUCUGUACUGGAAGAAAACAAAAUGCCAUCAAGUCCUGUCUGGUGUGUCUGACCUCUUUCUGUCAAAAUCACCUUGAACAGCAUGAGAAUCUCUUCAAAGGAAAAAGACACGAUUUAAUGGACGUCACUAGAUACAUUCAGAAGAUGAUCUGCAGUAAACAUAAAAAACUGCUGGACAUUUUCUGCUGCUCUGACCAGCGUUGUAUAUGUAUGCUCUGCAUGGUGGACAAACACAAAAAUCAUGAUACUGUAUCAACUGCAGCAGAGAGGAAAGAGAAACAGAAGCAUUUGGGUUAUACACAGAGAAAAUACCAGCAGCAAAUUAAGAAGAGAAAUAAAAAAUGUAGGGAGCUGAGAGAAGCUGUGGAGAUUCAUAAGCAAUCUGCACAGACAGCAGUGGAGGACAGUGAGAGGAUCUUUGGUAAGCUCAUCAGCUCCAUUGAGAAAAAACGUUCUGAGGUCACACAGAUGAUCAGAGAUCAAGAAAAGACUGUAGUGAGUCGAGCUGAAACACUUAUAAAGCAACUGGAGAAGGAGAUUGACCAAAUGAGGUCCAUAGAUGAUGAGCUGGAGGAGCUUUCACAAACACAUAAUGACAUCCAUUUCCUCCAGGUUGAACCAUGAUCUCUACCAUGGUAGAGUACCAGCAGAGUCCAAAAAAAAUAUGCACGCUGGUGUGAAAAAGUGUUGGUCCCCUUCCUGAUUUCUUAAUUAUAAUUUUUUUGCAUGUUUUUCACACUUUAAUGUUUCAGAUCAAACAAAUUAAAAUAUUAGUCAAAGAUAACACAAGUAAACAUAACAUGCAGUUUUUAAAUGAAGGUUUUUAUUAUUAAGGGAAAACAAAAUCCAAAACUACACGGCCCUGUGUUUGCCCCCCUGUUAAAACUUUGGUUUAUCUCACCUGAGUUCAGUUUCUCUAGCCACUCCCAGGCCUGAUUACUGCCACACCUGUUCACAAUCAAGAAAUCUCAUAAAUAGGACCUGCCUGACAAAGGGAAGUAGACCAAAAGAUCCUUAAAAGCUAGACAUCAUGCCGAGGUCCAAAGAAAUUCAGAAACAAUUGAGAAAGUAAUUGAAAUAUAUCAGUCUGGAAAAGGUUACAAAGCCAUUUAUAAAGCAUUAUGACUCCGGCUAGCCACAGUGAGAGCCAUUAUUCACAAAUUGCAAAAACAUGGAAAAGUGGAGAACCUUUCCAAUAGUGGCCAGCCAACCAAAAUUUACAGCGACGACUCAUCCAAGAGGUCACAAGACCCCACAACAACAUCCAAAGAAUUGCAUGCCUCACUUGCCUCAGUUAAGAUCAGUGUUCAUGACUCCACCAUAAGAAAGAGUCUGGACAAAAAUGGUUCAAAGAUGACUUUAAGCUGAAGCAACCUUGGGUUCUGCAGCAGGACAAUGAUCCAAAACACACCAGCAAGUCCACGUCUAAAUGGCUGAAGAAAAACAAAAUUAAGACUUUGGAGUGCCCUUGUCAAAGUCCUGACCUGAAUCCUAUCCUGUGGCAUGACUUUAAAAAGGCGGUUCAUGCUCAAACCCUUUUGAUGUGGCUGAAUUAAAAGAAUUCUGCAUAGAUGAGUGGACCAAAAUUCCUCCACAGCGUUGUAACAGACUCAUUGCAAGUUAUCGCAAAUGCUUGAAUGCAGCUGUUGCUGCAAUUGGUGGCCCAAAUAGUCAUUAGGUUUAGGGGGCAAACACUUUUUCACACAGGGCAGUGUUGUUUUGGAUUUUGUUUUCCCCUAAUAAAAAGUAUCCUUUAAAAACUAUAUGUUGUGUUAUCUUUUUUUACUAAUGAUCCGAAACAUUAAAGUGCAACAAACAUGCAAAAAAAAAAAAAAAGAGAGAAAUCGGGAAGGGGGCCAACACUUUUUCACACCACUGUAUAUAUUUAAAAAAUAUAUCUGAAUUUAUAAACAUUUAUUUAUUUUUUUACAUUGAAAAUGUCUGUUGGU